CUGUCGGCCGGGUGUUAUUAAACCCGGAAGUAAAUGCAGCUACAAAUCGGAACUAAAGCAUGAGCGCUGAUCGAACAUGCACAAUUUUUAUUUAUUAGCAACUGUGUUGUAUUUAAUCCACAAUGGAAAGUCGCAAGAAGCAGAUCAUUGUUUUCCUUCUGAAUUCCUUGAGUCAUUGUCGAUGUCUAUGAAGAUUACCAAAGCGGGAUUUCACAGGGAUCUCCUAUACACUGUUGAAUGGGGAGAAGUAGAUCAUGAUGUGAAAGCUUUACUGGUCCAGAAGCUUCCCAGUGGAGUUUACAUGGACGAAUACCAGCUGGAAACCCUGAGACACGACACGGGUUUGGAGGUUCUUCUGGAUUCCAAGGUUGAUCUGGAAGCUCCUGAAUAUCUGUCCACUGGUUUCACCGCACUGGUUUUCCUCUCUGGAAAGCACGAGGCGACGGUCCCCGUUCACGGCCGGUAUCACAGACCCUCAGACUCCGGCCAGGAGCGGGUGACGGUGGAGCUGGAGUCGCCCCGGCUGCUCGUCCGGUCAGACCAGUGCGACACGCUGAGAGCCGUUUCUCCUCCUCAUGAGGCGACUGAAGCGCCGUGUGCCGUCAGCAACCACAGCGUCUGCUCCUGGCUGGAGAUCCGCCGUCUGCAGAAUAGCAAUAAUCUCCGUCAGGACACUGGGUCGGUGAGUCUGGAGAUCCCAGUGGGAGAUUCCUCCAUGAUCCUCAGUGUGUGUGUCGGGACGGUCCUGACCACGGCGCUCAGCUGUGUGUUCCUGCUCCGCUCCAUCUGGACACACGGCACCUUUUAACCCGUAACCUUUGACCCCUGCAGACGAGACUCGGGUCGUCAUGUGACCCGCUGAUGAUGUCUGUGAGAUAUUUCUGUGUCGUAUUGAUGAACUGUGCGAUAUCUUAGGGGAAUGUUCAUGUCAUCAUAGCAGAUUAAUAAUGUUUUGUUUCUGUAAAACGUGUUAUUGCAUUUGUGAAU